AUCAUGGGCCAGCAGCAAUUGAUCUACAGCUUCGUCGCUAGAGGCACCACCAUUUUGGCUGAGUACACUGAAUUCAAGGGGAAUUUCACCACCGUCGCUUCCCAGUGUCUGCAGAAGCUCCCCUCUUCCAGUAACAAAUUCACUUACAACUGCGAUGGCCAUACCUUCAAUUACAACGUCGAAAAUGGAUUCACCUAUUGUGUUGUCGCUGUCGAAUCUACCGGCAGACAACUUCCCAUUGCGUUUCUCGAGCGUGUUAAGGAAGAUUUCAACAAAAGAUAUGGAGGCGGCAAAGCUACCACUGCAGGACAAAACAGCCUCGACAAGGAGUUUGGCCCCAAACUGAAAGGGCAUAUGCAGUAUUGUGUCGAUCACCCUGACGAAGUGAGCCGACUCGCCAAGGUCCAGUCUCAGGUCACAGAAGUAAAAGGUGUUAUGAUUGAAAAUAUUGAAAAGGUUCUCGACCGAGGGGAGAGGAUUGAACUGCUUGUCGACAAAACUGAGGAUCUCCGGUCACAGGCGCAGGAUUUCAAAGCGAAAGGUACCACGCUGAAGAGGCGAAUGUGGUUUGAGAAUAUGAAGAUCAAGCUGAUCGUGCUCGGCCUCGUGCUUCUUAUAUUUCUCACCAUCUGGCUUAUGAUCUGCCACGGCUUCAAAUGCUAAUUCAAGUCAUGCAUGCAGCAUACACUGCAUCUUUUUUAGACAAGUUCCUUUUUUCUUAGCCUUCAACUUAAGGUUUACUCUGAUUCAGAGAUGAAAUAUAAGUGAUUAGUUGCAGACACUUUUUUUUGCUGAUGAAUACUUGUUUCCAGACAGUU